AUGUUUGUAAUCCGCAACUAUAAUGGUGUUCACUCUUGCUCAUUAGAAAAGCGUUCGGCGAAGCAUAGGCAAGCAACGUACUCCGUUAUUGGAAGUUGCAUGAAAAACCAAUUUAUAGGCGUCAAACAGGGUCCGGUUCCCAAAUCAAUUCAGAAAUAUGCUCAUGACGAAUUCGGGACGGACUUCAAUUAUUACAAAGGAUGGAAGGCUCGUGAGUAUGCACUUCAACUUGUAAGAGGUACGGCCGAAGUAAGCUUCACUAAGCUCCCAUCAUACUUUCAUAUGGUGUCUCUUACUAAUCACGACAGUAUCACCAAUAUUUAUUUUGAUGAACAUAACCGUUUUAUCUAUCUUUUCCUAGCAUAUGGACCUUGUAUACGAGGUUUUGGUUGCAUGAGAAAAGUUAUCAGUGUUGAUGGAACGUGGUUGAAGGGAAAAUUCAGAGGUACGUUGUUAGUUGCCACUGCACAGGAUAAUGAACGUCAUUGUUAUCCCAUCGCAUGGGCCAUUGUAGACUCAGAGAAUGAUACAUCCUGGACAUGGUUCUUCUCGAACUUAAAGGAAGUUGUCACUGAUUUUGAGGAAUUAAUUUUUAUUUCUGAUAGGAAUCAAAGCAUAAGUAAUGCAUUGUCUACAAUUUAUACAUUAGCACAUCACGGUUGUUGCACAUGGUAUGUGUCUCAAAACAUCAAGAGUAAUUUUAGAUGUAGUGGUGUUCUGCCAUUGUUCUUUAAAACCGCUGAGGCCUACCGCAUUGACGAGUUUUCUGUCUUGUUUGAUGAGUUGUCUGCAAGAUAUCCCAGUAUUGCUAGAUACCUACAGGAGCAAGUUCGUUUUGAAAUGUGGUAUCGUGCUCAUUUUAAAGGAAAUCGAUAUAAUAUUAUGACCACAAACAUGUCUGAGUCAGUUAAUGCAAUGCUCAAAGAUGUUCGAGAUUACCCUGUCAUUGCCUUCUUUAAUUUUAUACAAGCGAAGAUGUCAGAGUGGUUUAAUAACAAGAGGGUAGAAGCUUCUAAAACUAAAACAUUAUUAAUGCCAAGUGUGGAAAAAACUCUUCCUGAGAGGCACAACAAAGCAGGAUUUCUAACGGCCACAAGACUUAAUACUGUUGACUUCCAAGUGACAGGUGGAGAGGCCACUGCAAUUGUCAACAUUGAAGCGAGGAGUUGCACUUGUCGUGUGUUCGACCUUGAGCAGAUACCAUGCGAGCAUGCAAUAUCAUGUUGUAGAGAAGCAAGAAUGUCACUCUAUGAUUUAUGCUCAAAAUACUACAGGACAGAAGUUUGGGCUCUUGCGUAUGCUGAGACAAUCUAUCCUGUGCCGGAUACUUCGCAAUGGGAUAUUCCGAAUCACGUAAAGGAAGUUCACCUUCUUCCACCGCGAGUUGUACCAAAGAGGGGUAGGCCAAAGCAAAAACGCAUUCCCAGCAUAGGUGAGUUCACACGAAGACAGAAUCGAUGUGCUAGGUGUGGGCAAUAUGGACACUAUCAGAAGAAAUGUAAAAACGCACCGAUGUACUCAUGA